AUUUAUUUAUAAACACAAAUACACGUAAUCGUACAAAUUCAAGUUUUUCAAACCUUAUAUAACACCAAAAAGCCCCAAAAUUAACUCAAGGGUAACUUUGACGUAACCCGAUUUCAAACCAAGGUAACAAGUUUGGGGGCUUUUCAGAUAAAAUUCUCUCUUGUCGAGCUGGGCAAUGUGCAAAAAUGCAACCCCAACUGGCCAUUCUCUUGUCGUGUCUGGUAUACGUCUCUGGUAAAGUCUCGCUGUUCAAAUUGGAGGGCGAAGUCAACGGCCAGGAAUUCGUUUAUUAUAAAAUAAUGCAUCCUGGAAAUUUAUUGCUAGUUUUGGAAAGUUUGGAAGGUGACGCCGACGUUUAUGUUUCUGAAAAGACACCCUCGCCCACCUACCACCCUGACUCUUACGAUUUUCAUUCUGCAACGUGCGGUACUGAUUCUGUUACGAUUCCGAGAAACAUGAAAAGACCAAUGGCUGUUGGUAUUUACGGCUAUUCGGCUUCGAAUAAAUACACUUUGGAAGUGUUUCAACUGCCGGCUGACACUGACAGCAAUUUAUUUGAAGAGGAUGAUCCUUUCAAAAUACAAGUGGAAAAUAAUGUUGAAUACACAGUGAACGAAAAAAAGGAAGUUAGAAAAGUUUCUAAAGGAAAAAAGAAGUUAAAGAAUAUACCCAAUGGCUUGUGGCCUUUUUUAGAGCUGUUUGAAAUGCUUUUCUUGUAAUAUCCUAGUCGCAAACCGCCAUUUUAGAGUACAAUUAUUUUAAGUUUUUUACCAAAAGAGAUGGUGAUGUAUACAGGCUGUGUCAAUAAAUGUUCAAAUUUA